AUUGAGCAUCUGCAUGUAUAUAUAGAUAUAUAGUUUUUAGGAGAUGGCACUCCCGCAAAAGGCUCUAACCAUGCUAGAUAAUUUGCAGCAUGCUCAUAAACGGCCAGCGGCGAACUACCAGCAGCCGGUUUGGACGCCAGAUUUUGUCCAGUCCAUGAAGAGUUACAACACGGAUAAGAUUCACAAGCAAAGAGCAAAGAGGCUGAAGGAGGAGGUGAAGGAUAUGAUCUGUGAUGACAAUGCAGAUCCCUUGGCAAGGCUUGAACUGAUAGAUGACAUAAAAAGAUUGGGUUUAGGUCAUCACUUCAAGGAGGAUAUAGACAGAGAACUUGAUAGAAUUCUGCCAAAACAAGCUGCGAUUAAUGGGGGACAAAAGAGCAGUCUUCAUGCCAUUGCUCUGCACUUCAGACUGUGUAGAGAAUAUGGCUAUGAGGUUUCCCAAGAUGUGUUUCAAAGAUUCAAAUAUACCGAUGACAGCUUCAGCAAGUCCCUCCAAGACGAUGUCAAGGGAUUGCUAAGUUUGUAUGAAGCUUCAUAUCUGGCUUUCGAAGGAGAAACCCUUUUGGAUGAGGCCAAAGCAUUUACAAGCUCACGGCUUAAGAGUUUUAAGGGCGACACAGACGCAGCCCUAAUGGAACAAAUAAACCAUGCAUUGGAACUUCCUUUGCACCACAGGAUGUUGAGGCUAGAAGCAAGAUGGUACAUUGAAACAUACAGUAAAAAAAAAGACCCAAAUCACUUGCUUCUUGAGCUGGCAAAGUUGGAUUUCAACAUAGUGCAAUCUAGACAACAAAGAGAGCUCCAAGAAAUGUCAAGGUGGUGGGACGACACAGGAUUGGCAAAGAAGUUGAGUUUUGCAAGAAAUAGACUUACGGAGUGCUUCUUUUGGGUGGUUGGUAUGGUUUCGGAGCCUCAACUAGGUGACUGUCGCAAGGGGCUAACAAAGGUGGCAGCACUGAUAACUGUUAUUGAUGACAUCUAUGAUGUCUAUGGAUCUUUGGAUGAACUUCAAUUAUUCACCAAUGCAGUCGAGAGGUGGGAUAUAAACUCCAUCGAAAAGCUGCCUUGCUACAUGAAGUUGAGCUUCCUUCUCUUGUACAACACUAUUAAUGAAAUGGCUUACGAUACCCUUAAAAAACAAGGGGUAAACAUAAUACCCUACUUAACAAAAGCGUGGACCGACAUGUGCAAAGCCUUCAUGGUGGAAGCAAAAUGGCGAUGCAACAGAGAAACUCCAACCUUUGAUGGGUAUCUGGAAAAUGGAUGGAUGUCGGUGUCAGGGACUGUCGGUUUAGUCCAUGCCUACUUUUUAGUGACAAAAAAUAUUACAAAGGAGGCAAUUGACGACUUAGAAAUCUACCACAAUCUUCUGAAAUGCUCGUCCAUGAUUUUUAGGCUUUGCAACGAUUUGGGCACUUCUAAGGAUGAGUUGGAGAGAGGCGAAUCUGCAAAUUCAAUCUCGUGUUACAUGCUAGAACAUGGAGUUUGUGAACAAUUUGCUCGCAAGCACAUAAGGAAUUUAAUCGAUAAAACGUGGAACAAGAUGAACAAAUAUGGAGCAGCCGAUUCUCAUUUCGGAAAACCAUUUAUCCAAAUUGCAAUGGACCUUGCCCGGAUUGCUCAAUGCACAUACCAACAUGGAGAUGGGCACGGAGCUCCAGAUGCCAAGGCAAAGAAACGAGUUUUGUCUGUGCUAAUUGAACCCAUCAAACUCAUAGAGAGACCAAAGCUCCAAAAUAUGGAAAGGCAUAAGCCCUAGAAAAUUUUCUUGAUGAGAAAGUACCUUCUUAAUUAUAUAUGCGUGGGAGGUUGUUUUAUGUGUGGUAAAUUGCUUUUAUGACCACAUAUAUAUAUAUAUAUAUUGUGUACCAUAGUGUUUUUUAUAUAUAGUGUUCCCUUCAGCUAAUUUCUUACUAAGUUCGCUACCAUGCAACGUUUGGGCGUGUCAGCAUUUGGUGGUGUUGUUUUGUAUCCCCAAUAAUCUUUGGG